AUGAAAGAAAUUAAAAUACCAGAUGUUAAAAUAGAUAUGAAUGGAAUCAAUCUUCAAUUUGAACAUGGAAACUUCUUCCGAAAGUUCAAGGUUCCUUCGUCAUUAGACUGUAUAUGUACAAGUUUUUUUGUUGAUGUAGUGCCUGAUAUCGUUCAUCUAGUCAAGUACUGUAAGAUGCUAUUAAAACCAUCUGGUAUAUGGAUCAACAAUGGUCCACUCUACUAUCAUAAUACGUCAAAAAACGCACUUCACUUGACCGACGACCAACUUUUGUUGUUGCUGGAGGAGGAUUUUACAAUAUUGGAGCACUCUUUAAAUUCCUAUAAAUAUACCAAAAUCGAUUCCGUCAACUCUGUCGAGUUCAACAGAUGUCUUUGGUUCGUUGUCACACCAAAGAAUAUUAAUAAUGUUUAA